GCGGUGCUGGGGCGCUGGCUCAGUGCUGCGCUGAGCUGCUGGUGGGACAGGGUAUCCCAGAGAGACCCCUCUGCCCAGGGCUGAAUCCUUUUUCCCUGUCAGACUGGCCCGUGCUCCUCCUCGCAGAGAUGGAUUAUGCCAAGUCCCUGAGCUUGCGCCUGGCUGCCCCUGUCUCCAAAUGUGUCUCGGCAAGCGCCUCCAUGACCCAGCAGCUGCUGUCGAGCCCGGCCCCACGGCCUCGACCCUAUCGCAUCUGCAACUGGGACCGCAGCCUGCGCAAGGGCAUCAUGGCACACAGCCUCGCCGACCUGCUGCGCCAGGCUCAGAGCGCACUGCUGGCCCCGGGUCCCGUCUCGCUGGUACUGGAUGAGGAUGGCACAGCGGUGGAGACAGAGGCUUUUUUCCAGACGCUGGAGGAGGGAACAGUGCUGAUGGCCCUGAGCAAGGGGCAGAGCUGGGCUGCCUCCAAGACACCUGGGUACCAGCUCAGCCUGUCCCGCAAGCCCCCCCGCAGGAUCGAUGUCGCCUGUGUCACCUUUGACCUCUACAAGACCAACCCGCGGGACCUGGGCUGCCUCAAUGUCAAAGCCACACUCUACGGCACCUACAGCAUGUCCUAUGACCUGCGCUGCUAUGGGGCCAAGCGGCUGAUGAAGGAAGCCCUGCGCUGGACACUCUUCACCAUGCAGGCCACUGGCCACGUCUUGCUUGGCACCUCUUGCUACAUGCAGCAGCUCCUGGAUGCUACAGAGGAGCCGAAGGAGGCAGAGAGCAGCCCAGUGCUGCAGAACCUCCUGCCCCACAGCCUGCCCCCUGUGCCCCGCAGGAAGACACUGCAGUGAAGGUCAGGUGGCCUGUCACCCCUUCUCUGUCAUCAUCCCCAUCCCUGGGGGUCCCAGCACCCUGCUAGGUCAAUGCCUGGGGGGAGGGUGCUGCAGUGCCCAGCACAGCCUCUCCUUGGCCAGCCGCUCUCUGUAAUAUCUAUUAUUCUGUAAAUAUAUUUAUUUAAGUAAAGCUCCUGUGCCUUCA